AUGAAUUUUACACACACGAUCCAAGAAGUUGUGAAUUGUAAGGAAAAAAGAGUAAAGAAAGAAGAAAGAGACCUUCAUUCACGUGAUGGCGAAGCUUCAACAAGUGGUUAUGGCGGAAAUUCUUUCCAUUUUCCGACUUACCUUGACUCCAAUGGACUUUUAACGGAAUUUUACAAGUGGAAGGAGAUGAAUUACGAGGGUUUUGGCACGAACGACGUCAUUCCUUACAACAGCAUGCCCGUCGGAGUUGACAGAUUCAAGAACAAAUUGUUUAUAACGGUGCCUCGAAGACGUCCUGGGAUCCCAUCUUCACUGAAUUACAUUGAAAUUGACGAAUUUGGACCGGAUCGUAGUCCGAAAUUGAGACCUUUUCCAAAUAUUGAGACGAAUUUGUUGCAUUCGGAUCAUCAUGCAGAUCCAAACAAAAUUAUCUCCGUUUAUCGCACCAGAAUUGACGAAUGUAAUCGUUUGUGGUUCGUUGAUACCGGAAGACUUGAAUAUUCUCCAAAUCAAACGCAAAUCCAACCACUCAGCAUUUGGAUCAUGAAUCCCGAAACCGGGGCACGCAUCCAUCGUUUUGAAUUUCCCGCCCAAAUUCAAAAUGCCGGCAAUGGCGUACCUUCGAUAACGGUAGAUGUCGAUCCACGUGAUUGCGAAAACGCCUUCGCUUACAUUCCAGACUUGCGUUACUACAAAUUAUACGUUUACAGCUUGAAACAAAAUCGAAUGUGGAAAUUUGAACAUGAAGCUUUCAAUAUGGACCAAAAUGCGAAAGAUCUGACCAUCGAUGGUUUCCAAUUAAAUUUCAUCGAUGGCAUAUUUUCCAUCACUUUGGGUCCGCGUCAACCCAAUGGCGAGAGAAUUGUUUAUUUUCAUCCAAUGUUGAGCUUCAACGAGUUCCAAGUGAGUAAUCGAGUGUUGCAAGACGAAACCAAAGCCAAUGGAAACACAAACCAGAAUGAUAUUUUUUUGAUCGGGAAUCGUGGACCAAAUUCGCAGUCAGCAAUGCAUCAUUUCGACUUGGGAACUGGCGUAAUGUUUUUCACAGAAGUUGCGAAAAAUGCCGUUAGUUGCGUGAAUUCGUUCUUUCCAUUUGUGCCGACAAAUCACGCGAUCGUAGCGCAAGACAACGAAAAAAUGAUCUAUCCGAGUGACUUGAAGGUCGAUUCUCAGGGAUUUUUAUGGUUUUUCACGAACAAUAUGCCUCGGUACAUUUACUCGACACUCGAUUCGAGCAAAUUUAAUUUUCGGGUGUGGCGGGCUCGGGUGAGGGAUAUCGUUAGAGGGACUGUUUGUCAAACGAGUUUGUGAAGCAAUUUUUUGUUGCGUCAUUUCUUGCAUCAUACACACAAUUAAUUACCUGUAAUUAUUUAAAGUGACUUGGAAAUUCCUGAUAUAUUUGUUUUGAUGAGUUAUAAGUGAUAUUAUGAUGAUUUUUUUUAUUUGCAUCUAAGAAGUUCGAGUUUCACCAGUAAAACAAUUUUUUUUAAUAAAAAUAGUUCUUUCAUUAAAAAUUAAAUUUUGAA